CUUCUGGCCUGUAUUGGGAGGAGCAGCUUAAAUCCUUGGCUUCAAAACCAGGGACAGACAGAGGAAGGGAACAUUUGCUCGAAGCCAAGGACGGUAAACAAGGCGAUCCGAGCGGCACAGCACUGCAGGAAAGGCUCGGCACAGAACCAGCUGAGCAAACAGUGGAUGCUGGGGACCCAGCUGCAGCCACACUCCAGCUCACACAGUCACAGGAAAGCUGUGCUCCUGGACACCCAGGAUGAAGCUGCUCACCCCAGCCCUCCUGCUGGCCCUGCUCAUCACUUCCCGUGCUGCUGAAGACUCCUGCGAGGGACGCUGUGAUGACGGCUUUGAUGCACGGCACAAGUGCCAGUGUGACACCCUCUGCAUGUAUUACCAGAGCUGCUGCAGUGACUACUCCACCGUCUGCAAAGCCAAAGUGACCCGGGGAGAUGUGUUCGCCUUGCCAGAGGAUGACUACCUUGACUACAACCUCACCAUUGACUUUGGGACAGAGCCACCCACAGCCCUGCCACCCACAGCCCUGCCACCCACAACCCUACCACCAGCACAGCCCACACUGGAGAACAAGCCAGACCCUGACGAAAUACUGACAGACGUGCCAGGGGAGGAGGAGGUGUCCAGCACCACAUCAGAUGGGUUAGGGGACCGGGACCCUGUGGAUGAGGAGCCUGAGGAGCUGUGCAGCAGGAAACCUUUUGAUGCCUUCACAGACCUGAAGAAUGGCUCCAUUUAUGCUUUCCGAGGGAAGUACUUCUAUGAGCUGGAUGAGAAAAGUGUACUGCCCGGCUACCCCAAGCUCAUCAGCGAUGUCUGGGGGAUUGAGGGCCCAAUCGAUGCAGCCUUCACACGCAUCAACUGCCAGGGCAAGACUUACCUGUUCAAGGGCAGCCAGUACUGGCGCUUUGAUGACGGAGCCCUGGACCCUGACUACCCACGCAACAUCUCUGAGGGCUUUGAAGGCAUCCCAGACAACGUUGAUGCAGCCUUCGCCCUCCCCGCGCACAGCUACCGUGGCAAUGAGAGAGUCUAUUUCUUCAAGGACAAGUACUAUUGGUCAUACGACUUCACCCAGCAGCCCACACAGGCAGACUGUGAGAAGUCCUCCCCCUCUACUGUGUUCAACCACUACGCCUUCAUGAAUCGUGACAGCUGGGAGGACAUCUUUGAGAUCCUCUUUGGUGGCAGGAUGACUGGAGCGAGCAGCCCCCGGUACAUCAGCAGGGACUGGCGGGGGGUGCCCAGCCGGGUGGAUGCAGCCAUGGCUGGCAGGAUCUAUGUGGCCUCCCACCAGCCCCGCAGGAGGAAGUCUCGCCGCCAGCGCAAGAGGUACAAGAGCCACCGGUCACUGAAUUUGGGAUUGUGGGGCUGGCUGCAGAACGACUCCAACUCUGCGGGCGUGGAGGACGACUGGCUGUCAGGCUCCAAGUGUGAAACCCUCCAGAGCGUCUACUUCUUUGUGGGAGACAAGUAUUACCGCGUCAACCUGCGCACCAAGCGUGUGGACCUGGUGCGGCCCCGCUACCCCCGCUCCAUCGCCCAGUACUGGCUGGACUGCCCGCAGCCCGGGGAGGAGAGCACCUGAGAGGGUCCUGCCAGGCAGCACAGCCCCUCACUAGACAGAAAUAAACAGUGAGUGCUGUGCAGGCUGGAGAGCCCCA